CUCCAGGUUCCCUGAGAUCUGCAAGUCCGUUCUUCCCAGCACUCUGCUAGGCUAGAAAAGGAGGAGGAACCUGUCCAGAAUCCCCGCAGGACAGGAAAAGGAGGGGACAUCUCAACAUGGAAAAACUCUGCAGUGAAAAUGAAGGAAUGCCUGAGAACCCAGGAAAGAUGGAAAACAAAGAACAGCCACUGGAUGCGGGAAAGCCAGGAGUAGCUUGUACUGUGGAAGACAAGGAAAAGUUAGAAAACAAAGGAAGGACUGAUCACAAGGGAAAGAAAGAAGAUAAGGAAGUACUAAAGGAUAAGGAAAAGCCAGAGAGUGAGGCAAAGCCAAGAGAAGGAAAGCCAGUGAGCCAGGGAAAGCCAGAGAAUGAGGGAAAACCAAAAGAAGGAAAACCAGAGAGCGAGGGAAAGGCAAAAGAAGGAAAGCCAGCCAGCAAACCAAAGGCUGCAGGAAAGCACCCAGCUGGGGACGAUGUACCCAGGAAGGCCAAAAGGAAAACCAACAAGGGGCUGGCUCAGUGUCUCAAGGAAUACAAGGAGGCCAUACAUGAUAUGCAUUUGAGCAAUGAGGAGAUGAUAAGAGAAUUUGACGAGAUGGCUAGGGUGGAGGAUGAAGUGAAGAAAACCAGACAGAAACUGGGGGGGUUUAUGUGGAUGCAAAAAAGUUUACAGGACCCUUUCCACCCCAGGGGCCCAAGGGAACUCAGGGGUGGCUGCAGGGCCCCACAAAGGGGCUUUGAAGACAUUCCUUUUGUGUAGUGCCCCUGGCAGGCA